AUGCCAACCCAAUGGAAGUUUGUUCAAUCUGAACUUAAUCCAGCAGACGUUGCCACCAGGCCUGUACACCCUUCUAUGCUGCAAGAUACAAGCUGGAUAUGUGGACUAACCAGCCCGCUCGGUGCUCCGAUUGAACACUUUGAAUUAGUGGACCCAGGGUGUGAUGUGGAAAUUCGCCCAGUGUUAGUCAGCAACAAGACAGACAUAAUAGAUGUAGCACAGUCAAAUCAUGAGACAAAGCCACCAACUUGUCUGACAGAAGUAUUCUCUGAGAGGUUCACUAGAUUUUCCAAGUGGGACAGGCUUAUACGUGCAGUCGCCCGUCUGAAAUUUAUGAUUCGACAGUCUCAGAAAAACAUUGACAACUUACCUGAUAGUCCCAGUGAUCCGGAACUCUUGAAGGAGAGUGAACGCUCCAUCAUUGCUUCAGUUCAGAGAGAUGUAUUCAGCACAGAAUUUCGAUGCAUUGAAAACUGCCUGGACAUUCCACAUUCUAGUACUAUCAGAACUUUAUGCCCAAAAAUUGGUGCAGAUGGACUGUUAUGUGUUGGUGGACGGUUGAACAAUGUGUCUGUUGAUGUGCUAAACGAUAACAUGCGCAACCCUAUUAUCCUACCAAAGAACCAUCAUGUUAGUUAUCUCAUCAUACGUCAGUUACAUCAGAAGGUAUUCCAUCAAGGUAGACUUUUUACAGAGGGAGCUGUAUGUUCUGCCGGAUUCUGGGUAGUGAAUUCAAAACGGAUGACCACUUUAGCGAUAAGGACUUGCGUUGUAUGUCGUAAACUUCGGGGACAGCCAGGAUGGCAGAAUAUGGCGGAUCUUCCAGAGGAUCGUUGUGAACCGUGCCCCCCAUUUUCGUAUGUGGGAGUUGACACUUUUGGCCCAUGGCCAGUUGUGCAUCGUAAAACAAGGGGUGGAAGUUCAAAUCAGAAACGUUGGGCAAUAUUGUUUACCUGCCUUGUAACUCGAGCUAUUCAUCUUGAGGUCAUCGAUGAACUUACCAGUGCUGCAUUCAUAAAUGCAUUGAGACGUUUUAUUGCAAUUCGUGGUCAAGUCACACAAUUCCGCUCCGACAGGGGAACGAACUUCGUUGGCGCUGUAAGCGAUCUCUCCAUCAAUGCAGAAUUCAUUGAGAAUGGUCCUGUUUCCAAGUUCCUGUCAGAUUCCCGGAUUGUGUGGAAAUUCAACCCUCCUCACGCUCCACACAUGGGAGGAGCAUGGGAGAGACUCAUCGGUGUUUCAAAAAGAGUUUUGAAUGCCAUGUUACUUGAUCACCAGCAAAGAGACAUCACACAUGAUGUACUGACCACAUUGAUGGCAGAAGUGUGUGCUAUUGUUAACAAUAGACCAUUAACAAGUGUUUCUAGUGAUCCGGAAGCACCUACUCUACUUACCCCGUCGAUGCUGUUGACAAUGAAGACAAAACAUGAUGUUGAACUUUUCCCUUCAUUUGGUUCCAAGGAUGCCUUAAAAUCUACCUGGAAACGCGUGCAAGUGAUGGCAGAUGAAAUUUGGUAUAGAUGGAAAACUGAGUACCUCCAUAACCUACAAUAUCGCAGGAAGUGGCAGGGCCAUGCUGUGGAUUUGAAACACGGAGACUUAGUUCUAUUGAUUGAAGAUGAUUCCCUGCGAAACGAGUGGCCCACCGGUAUCAUACAAAGAACAUUCCCCAGCCAAGACGGAAAGGUCCGCAAAGCUGAGGUUGCAGUUUUUAAGGACAAUAAACGUGUCACUUAUGUGAGACCAGUCACCCGACUCAUAACCCUUUUGGAGACUGAUUGA